AUGUCGUCAAUCAAUAAUACUAUUAUAAAUACAUAUCGUAAUAAUAAUACAUUGGAUUCAACAAGUUGGCUUCUACAAUUAUCACUUUGGCCAUUACGUAUUGUUUGUCCAUUAUUAAUUAUUUUUUGUCCUAUUGCAAAUUGGAUAUGUAUACAUAUAUUUCAAUCACGUAUAUAUAAUCGAUCAUCAUCAAAAUGGUAUUUUAUAUUUAUUGCUAUAUUUGAUACAAUUUAUGUACUUGUUACAGCACCACUCAUAUUUUUAAUAACAUUAGAAAUUUAUAUUCUAAAUUGGAAUAUAUUAUUAUGUAAAUUUAUAGUAUUUCUUAAUUAUUUAUCAUGCCAAAUAUCGGCUGGUUUAUUAGCAUGUUUAUCAAUCGAUCGCCUUGUAGCUACAUCAUGUUUAUUAUUAUAUCGUUAUCAUUGUACAACAAAUAUAUCAAAAUAUGUUUGUUCAUUUGUUAUAUUAAUAUUAUCAAUAAUUAAUUCACAUUAUCUAAUUGGUUAUACUAUUGAUUUAGAUGGUUAUUGUAGUAUAAGAUAUUAUAAAUGGUAUGAAAAUAUUUAUUCAUAUUUAAAUAUUGUUUAUCUUUUAUCAUAUUCUAUAAUGCCAUUUACAAUAAUAUCAAUAUGUAAUUUAUUCAUUGUUAUAAAUGUUUGUCGAAAUAAAUCACAUAUGAAAAAAAAAAAUUUAUUAAAAAAAUCAAUUUUAACAACAAGUAAUCAAAAUGGAGAAGGAAUAAUAAAUGCACCACAUUGUUGUUUUUCAACAACAUUUGAUAAAAAUGAAGUUCCAAUAAAUAAUAAUAAUAAUAAUACAUUUCAACUUCAACGAUAUUCAAAUGAAAGUAAACAUGAUAUGUUUGUACCAGUACAUGAAAAUCAAAUAAUAAAUAAAACAAUUGAUUCAAUUUCUGAAUGGCAACUGCAACGACAAAAUCGUUUGUCAGAAAAAUUAUUAUUAGAUGUUGAACAACCUAUCAAUCCAAUUCAACCAUCAUCAAUACAAAAUAAUUCUUUAAGUUCUCCUCGUGACCGUUUAUUAUCAAGUCAACAAUUAUCUUCAUCAUCAACAUAUUCCCAAAAAAUGUGUGUACAAUUACAGAUAACAAUAAGUUUAAUAGCUAUAUCGAUUAGUUUUAUAUUUUGUACAUUACCAAAUUGUAUAUCAACAAUAAUGAUUCAAACUCAUAAUCAAAAUGAACAAGUAAGAAAAUUUUGGCAAGCUAUGAAUUAUUUAUCAAUUGUACCAUUACUUAUAACACAUUCAGCUAAUUUAAUUUUCUAUUAUUCAUCUUCGCGUAUGUUUCGAAAUCAUUUUAAAGACAUUUAUAUAAGAAGAUCAACUUCAAUGAAACUUUCUUAA